AUGGAAGAACAUGAAAAACAGGUCGCGGCCAUUUCUGCCAAAGUUCGAGGCUUCCGCGAACAGGGGGUCAAGUUUCGCAUCUCUCAUGGCUCCACCAACAGCACGAGGCCUUCCGCCACGAGGCGCGACCACAAUGUCAUUGAUUUGAGCGCCCUAUCUCGUGUUCUCAAGGUCGAUAAGGAGUCUCGUACGGCAUGGGUUGAGCCGAAUGUACCGAUGGACCGAUUAGUCGAAGAGACGAUGAAGCACGGGCUCGUCCCUCCCGUGGUCAUGGAAUUUCCAGGCAUCACGGUAGGCGGCGGGUAUGCUGGUACGUCUGGUGAAAGUAGCUCAUUCAAGCACGGCUUCUUCAACCGCACGAUCAACUGGGUCGAGAUGAUCCUUGCCAGUGGAGAAGUCGUCAGGUGCUCGAGAACAGAGCGAGCUGAUCUUUUCCACGGAGCAGCCGGCGCAGCGGGAAGCCUUGGUACCACGACCCUGGUGGAGCUCCGGUUGAAAGAAGCCAAGAAAUUCGUCGAAACGACGUACCACCCAGUAUCAAGCGUUGCCGAAGCCGUUGCCAAAUGCAAGACUCUGAUCGAAGACCCAACGCUCGAAUACGUGGACGGAAUACUCUUCUCGAAGACCCACGGGGCCAUCAUUACCGGUCGUCUGACGGACAGUCCUGCCGAUGGCGUACCAAUCCAAUGCUUCAGCGAUGCCAAAGAUCCAUGGUUCUACCUCCACGUCAAAGAGCGUACGCGCACCAAGUCCGAGUCCGUCACCGAAGCAAUCCCCCUCGCCGAGUAUCUCUUCCGGUACGACCGGGGCGGCUUUUGGGUAGGAGAAUCGGCCUUCGACUACUUCUACUUCCCCUUCAACGACUUCACCCGCUGGUUCCUGGACGACUUCCUGCACACGCGGAUGCUGUACACGGCCCUCCACGCAAGCGGGCAGUCGAAACAAUUCGUCGUCCAGGACCUAGCGCUGCCUUUCUCCUCAGCAGAACAAUUCAUCGAGUACACGAGCGACGACCUAGGCAUCUGGCCGCUCUGGCUCUGCCCCCUGAAACAGAGCCCUGCCCCCACGCUGCAUCCGCACAACUUCAACAUGGUCGAAGCCGGCGACGGGACGACGCUCCAGCCGCUGCUGAACGUCGGCGUGUGGGGCAAGGGCCCGACCAACCACGACGCAUUCGUCGCGCUCAACCGCAAGCUCGAGGACAAGGUCCACGAGCUCGGGGGCAUGAAGUGGCUCUAUGCCCACACGUACUACGCCGAAGACGACUUCUGGAAGGACUUUGAUCGCGGGUGGUACGAGGCGCUGCGGGAGAAGUACGGGGCGGCGUCGUCGCUGCCGAGCUUGUACGAGAAGGUCAGGGUGGACGUCGAUGCGGAGAAGAGCAUGAUUGCGUCGUCGUGGCCCAUGUAUAUCCGAGAGACGUGGCCCAUCAGCGGCAUCUGGGCGCUCGCGAAAGCUAUCCAGAGCGGGACGUAUUUGCAGGCGAGGAACUCGACGUGGAAAUGGCCUCGGUAG